UUUUCAGAAGUCUUAGAGGCUCUCUUCAGCGCGUGCUGCAGGUGAAGUGAGGCGACUAGCGAACCGUGCGUGCCCUGCUCUCCGCCGCUCUUUUUGCCCAGCCACCUAGGACUUACCAGCACGUGCCGUACCCGACUGCCACUGGUGCCUGUUACCCAUUGUCCCCAAAAUGCUUUGGACAGCUAAUCAGUUUAUCCGGAAAUUCUCCACUACUACAAUUUAUUAUCAAAAUAAACUCAGACUAGCAAUAAUAGGUCAGAGCCUCUUUGGACAAGAAGUGUACAGUCAGCUACGAAAGAAUGGGCAUAAAGUCGUGGGCGUAUUCACAGUUCCUGACAAGGAUGGGAAGGCUGAUCCUUUGGCUGUGGCUGCAGAAAAGGAUGGGACUCCUGUCUUUAAGUUUCCCAGAUGGCGAGUCAAAGGAAAGGCUAUUGCAGAAGUACUGGAAGCCUACAAGUCAACUGGAGCAGAGCUGAAUGUCCUGCCAUUCUGUAGUCAGUUUAUCCCAAUGGAUGUGAUUGAUCAUCCCAAACAUGGGUCGAUUAUUUACCAUCCAUCUUUGUUGCCACGUCACAGAGGUGCCUCUGCCAUAAACUGGACUCUGAUAGAGGGAGAUAAAAAAGCUGGGUUCUCUAUAUUUUGGGCUGAUGAUGGUUUAGAUACUGGGCCUAUUUUACUGCAGCGUGAAUGCAGUGUGGAACCAAAUGACACAGUCGAUUCAUUGUACAACCGCUUCCUGUUUCCAGAAGGCAUCAAGGCCAUGGUUGAAGCUGUACAACUUGUUGCUGAUGGGAAGGCACCACGAGUAACUCAGCCUGAAGAAGGAGCAUCUUAUGAAGGAAUUCAAAAAAAAGAAAAUUCAAAGAUUUCCUGGGAUAAGUCUGCUGAGGCAUUACACAACUGGAUCCGGGGACAUGAUAAAGUACCUGGUGCCUGGGCUCUCAUAGGUGGGCAGGCAGUUAAUUUCUAUGGCUCAUCCUUACUUGAAGGGAGUGUACCUGCUGGUGAACCUCUGGAAAUUGAAGGUGCAAGCAGGCCAGGCACUGUGACUAAAAAUGGACUAGUUCUUUUUGGUUCUGAUGGAAAAAUGUUGAUGGUGAGAAACCUGCAGUUUGAAGAUGGAAGAAUGAUUCCUGCUUCCAAGUACUUCUCAUCUGGUGAAAGUACCACUGUCGAGCUGACAGCAGAAGAGCAAAUGAUUGCUGAAGAAAUUAAGUCCAUCUGGAAAGGGAUUUUAAGUAACGUUCCCAAGAUUGAGAAUUCUACAGAUUUUUUCAAAAGUGGGGCAGCAUCUAUGGAUGUGGUCAGGUUAGUGGAAGAGAUCAAACAGAAGUGCAGCGGGCUACAGCUGCAGACAGAAGACGUCUACAUGGCAACAAAGUUUGAGGACUUCAUUCAGAUGUCCGUCAGAAGACUGCGAGGUGAAGACAAGGAGGAGGAACUUGUUGUAGACUAUGCAACAAAAAAUGUAAAUAAUAUGACGGUAAAUAUGCCUUACCAGUGCUUUAUCAAUGGUGCAUUUAUGGAUGCUGAAGAUGGAAAGACAUAUGACACUAUGAAUCCGACAGACGGCUCUGUAAUUUGCAAAGUGUCCUACGCCUCUGUGGCGGAUGUAGACAAGGCUGUUGCUGGUGCAAAGGAAGCCUUUGAAAAUGGUGACUGGGGAAGAAUGAAUCCAAGAGACCGAGGACAGCUCAUGUACAGAUUAGCAGAUCUAAUGGAAGAACAUCAGGAAGAACUGGCUACCAUCGAAGCAUUAGACUCAGGCGCCGUGUACACACUGGCUCUGAAGACACAUGUAGGAAUGUCAGUCCAGACGUUCAGAUACUUUGCUGGAUGGUGUGACAAAAUUCAGGGCUCUACAAUCCCAAUUAACCAAGCAAGACCUAAUCGCAACUUAACAUUUACCAAAAAAGAGCCACUGGGGGUUUGUGCAAUUAUUAUUCCAUGGAAUUACCCCCUGAUGAUGUUGGCUUGGAAGAGUGCAGCUUGCUUGGCUGCAGGCAAUACCCUCGUCCUUAAACCUGCACAGGUCACACCACUAACUGCCUUAAAAUUUGCAGAGCUUACAGUAAAAGCUGGUUUUCCAAAAGGAGUAAUAAAUAUUCUUCCUGGUUCAGGUGGCCUUGUGGGACAACGGCUGUCUGAACAUCCAGAUAUUCGCAAACUUGGUUUUACAGGUUCAACGCCUAUUGGCAAACAGAUCAUGAAAAGCUGUGCUGUGAGCAAUCUAAAAAAGGUUUCUCUUGAACUGGGGGGGAAAUCACCACUUAUUAUCUUCAGUGACUGUGACCUUGAAAAAGCUGUGAGAAUGGGCAUGGGAGCAGUGUUCUUUAACAAGGGAGAGAACUGCAUCGCUGCAGGGCGGCUAUUUGUUGAAGAAUCGAUUCAUGAUGAAUUCAUCAGGAGAGUUGUAGAGGAAAUCAAAAAGAUGAAAAUUGGUGACCCUCUUGACAGAUCCACUGAUCAUGGCCCCCAGAAUCACAAAGCCCAUAUGGAGAAACUGCUUGAAUACUGUGAAAUUGGUGUUAAAGAAGGCGCUACAUUAGUCUAUGGAGGAAAGCAAGUGCCAAGACCAGGCUUCUUUAUGUAUCCAACUGUGUUUACGAAUGUUGAAGAUCAUAUGUUUAUUGCUAUUGAGGAAUCCUUUGGUCCAGUUAUGGUUGUUUCUAAAUUCAAAGAUGGAGAUAUAGAAGGAGUAUUACAGCGAGCAAACAACACAGAAUAUGGUUUGGCUUCAGGCGUGUUUACAAAAGACAUCAGCAAAGCUAUGUUAGUCAGUGAAAGGCUACAAGCUGGAACAGUUUUUGUGAACACUUACAACAAGACUGAUGUGGCUGCCCCAUUUGGAGGAUUUAAACAAUCAGGAUUUGGUAAAGAUCUGGGUGAAGAAUCCCUCCAUGAAUACCUCAGAACUAAAGCAGUGACUGUAGAAUACUGAAGAAUCACACUCCAAGAAAGAUCACACCAUGCUGUUAGGCAAUGCAACCCAUGUUUCACUCCACUAGUAUCCCAGCUACUCUUAACUAAAGAAGUUCUGUAGUCCGAGGAUGAAAGAAAACACUCAGCAUUGUACUGGGCUCAUGGUUAUCAUGCUAACACAUCCAUAUUUAUUUCCAUGUACUUGAAUGACAAAUGGGACACGUUUAAAAACACAUUUUUGGAAUUUUCAACAGACUACUUAACCAGACAGUGUUGAAUAAAAUGUCACGUUUUCUUACUCACCGCUUGUAAGAAGUCUGCCUUCAGUGAAAUGUAAAAAAAUGCAUUUUUUUCUGCAUAAGCUCAGAAAUGGUAGCUUAAGCAGGAAAUGGAACAUUCAACUAUUUGAUACUAGUGAAGUGACAUACUAGAAGGAAAUUUUACAUCUGACUUAGUGUGGUUAAUGGGAUCCUGUUGUAGUGCCCCAAGACCUAUUUUCCAUUACUACAGAUGCAGGUGUGUAUAUCGUAUGUAUUUAAAAAAUACAAAAGGAAAGAGCUGGCCCUGAACCUUCUGACAGACUUAUCAUUCUCUGCUGCUUCUUCGUCAUUCGUUAGGUACUCGGUGUCUUUUCCCAGCUGGAUACUUGGACAUAUCUAAAGCUAUGUGAAGAUAAUAACUGACCAAUGCUUCUGUUGUCAUUUGGAAAACAUAUAUUUAUGUGGAAAAAGGAACAGUGUUUUAAGGAAAAUGAAUAAAAGUUAUAGUCUCUGGAUUAUAUGCCACAUAAUUAUGGACACUCUAAAAAUGUUUAACAUCCGUUCAUCAUGUUUGCAGAAGUUUCACCAUGCAUUUGCAGGUAGUGCUGCAUUUAAUGUGUCUCUGAUUCUCUGGAAUUAACAUUAUGUUGGGGGAGGGGUGUAAAUGUACAUGCCAGUUUUAUAUGAACUAGGAUUCAAGAACAAACUGCCCUUUAUCAUUGAACUUCCAGGCCUAGUGUUUAAACAACAGGAAUAAAUGCCAUAUCAGUCUGAGCUCA